AUGAAUUCCGAUUCGAGCGCGAGCAGCAGAGCAUCUUCCCCGGACAUGGAUGACAUGUUCUUGCGCGAGCACCAUCAUCUCCCGCACCACCACGUGGCUUCCUCCGUGUCCUCCACUUCAAACACCGAGCGUCACAAGAUGACCCCCGAGCACCUGCGGUCCGGCGACAGCAAAGGCAGCAGUAAGUACAAGCUGAAGAAGCAGGUCACUGAGGAAGAGAUGUACCAACUUCGCCUUAAGAUCAACGGCCGAGAGCGCAAACGCAUGCAUGACCUGAACCUCGCCAUGGAUGGGCUACGCGAGGUGAUGCCCUAUGCGCACGGGCCCUCGGUGCGGAAGCUGUCAAAGAUCGCUACACUUCUCCUCGCGCGGAACUACAUCCUGAUGCUCACGAGCUCCCUGGAUGAAAUGAAGCGGCUAGUUGGAGAGAUCUACGGCGGGCAACACUCCGCGUUCCACUGCGGGACAGUCGCCGGGGCUCACUCUGGAGGACACUCGGGAGGGCCAGUGGCUGCAGCAGUAGCAGCAGCAGCGGCAGCGGCACAUCAGGUUCAUCCGUUGCUCUCCACCUCUGCCUCCGGGUCGCUGCCUGGCUCUCUCCCCGGACUGGCCUCUAUGAGACCCCCGCACUCUCUGAUGAAGGGCUCGCCCCCUGCUCCACCCGCGCUGCCACUGGGCUCGGGCUUCCAGCACUGGGCAGGACUGCCGUGUCCCUGCGCCAUCUGCCAGCCUCCUCCGCACAUCCCCAUCUCAUCCAGCGGCCUCACGAGGCUCACUGCCGACAGCAAGGACACCAUGAAAUAA